AUGGAGAAGCGAUACACAUACAGCCCGCUUUCGUCGCAUCGCCAGAUCCGCCUCCUGAGGGUUUUUGCCGGAGCAGGUGAUGACGAACUGUCCGGCGAAUUGUUUCACGCAGCCCUCGACAGCGUGCCGCGCUUUACCGCGCUGUCUUAUGCUUGGGGUGAUCCGCAGCCCCAGAAAACAAUCCGCUGCUGUGACUCUAUUGCUGAGGUUCUUCCCAGCCUUCACAGCGCCUUGCGGCAUCUCCGAGAGCCCUAUAGAGAUGUCCUCGUCUGGGCGGAUGCGCUAUGCAUCGACCAAGAGAACAUACUAGAACGAAACGAGCAGGUGAAGAUCAUGGGCGACAUCUACGCCUCGGCGAUGUGCACAGCUAUUUGGCUUGGAGAAGAGUCGACCGAGGUCAAGAUGGCUUUUGGCUGGCUACGCAGAUUCGACAAAGCCACAGAGUUAUGGGAUUCUAGUCCGCAGGCAUGCAAGCACGAUGCUGAGUUCAUCGAUAGACACCAUGCCGAGGCGAUAUUACAGAGUGCUUUCGGCAACUGGAAGGUGCUUGCUUUUAAAAACAUCUGGGCUCUACUGGAUCGUCCGUGGUUUACACGAAAGUGGAUCAUCCAAGAGCUCGUCAAGUCGCGCAUGCCAUUGCUAGUCAGCGGCAGGAAUUGCAUCCCCUGGCCGUUUCUAUCAGCAUGGUUAAGAUUCAUUAGGAAGUGUACAGUUCAGCAAGAGGAUUUCCGAUCAGCUUGCCCACGACCCUUUGAGGCUGACUCCAAGGUCUUGGGACCAUGUGAGCUGCGAGCCACGCUUCUGUGGCGGAUUGAAAGCAAAGACAACCCUCUUUUGCUGUUUCUCCUGACGAAGACGCUGCAAUUCAGAUGUCACGACCCUCGUGAUCACGUAUUUGCUUUGAUCGGGAUCGCAUCGGACGCAGAACGCUUCCGCCUGAUUGACUAUAGGAAGAAAACUGAGGAUGUAUGCCGGCAGCUUGCUUAUCUUUGCGUGUCUGAUACUAUGAACCUCAAAUUACUGUGGUCUCUUCUCUCCUCAACGCCUUUGGGAAAACGGUUGCAUUCUUGGGUACCUGACCUAGAAAACGGCCUGGCUGAAAGCGACGGGGGCGUCCUAGCUACCCAGUUUUGCGUGCAGCAGGAAAGAGACUACAACGCAGGUGGGAAGUUGUUUCCGGAACCGCAGUUAGACCGAGAUCGAAACUUGCUCAAGAUGGUGGGCCGCAUCGUCGAUAAGGUUCAACUUCUUGGGUCCGACAAUAGAAGUCUUAUCAAUGCACAGACUGUCCAAGGUAUAAUAAAGAUGAGUAGCGAUCUCAGAACCUUCGGGCAGAAUCUCCAACUGUUGCACCAACAGAAGUACCAGUGGCUGGAAGAGUGCAUCGCCAUCGCAGCAAAAACUAUCAGUAGGGAGGAUGCCGAGGAGGCGUUCAAAACCGCUCUUUUAAGCGACAAGAUGAUCAACGAAGAAGCACCUCGAAGCUUAGAAUUAGUGAGGCGAGAAUUCUCUACUUGUAUGCGCCUAAUGAAAGAGGAGGCAUGCGGUGGUCAGCUGUGGCUUUUGGCCUCUUCUCAACGCAUGAGCCUUGAGUCCGGUCACCACCUGGCCUUGGCGAGAGGCUGCCAUGAAGAAAAGUGGCACUGGAAGGGAAAAGAACUCCCAGGACCGGGGUCGGCAGUUCCCUCGACGGCGGCAAAGCUGGUAUACUCAAGGAUCCAAGCACCUGUAAUCCAAACACACAUUCUUGCACCGUCCAAGGGCCGUCGUUUCCGCCGGCGUCAUGCAAACCUUGCGUAUUGCCGCAGGAGACGUCGCAAUUCGAAACCGCGCCCCGCCGACGACAGCGACCACAACGCAAACUCUCAGAAACCUGCCGAGGCCUGCGGUGCCCGACCCCGUCGAUUCCCUGAAAAGCCGCUGGCGAGCCUGACCGAUCCCCAGGGCGGCGCGAGCCUGGAGUCGGCCUCGGUGUACCGGCCUCAGCGUGGGUGCAUACUAUACAGAUCUCUGCAGAUUUCCGCGGGUCACGCAAAUAAGCUCGGCACCAUCACGAUUCAAUAA